CGCGCCCCUGGCUGCUCGGGUCUCUCCGCAGCUGCUCCCAAGUUUGGUCCAGGUGCCGCCGGCCCGCGCUGCGCCCUCGCCGCUGCUCCGGAGCGCCCCGGAGAAACGCCGCCGCCGCCAGUCGGGCUGGCAAGAUGACCGUCAAGGUGGACUUCGAGGAGUGCCUCAAAGACUCGCCCCGCUUCAGGGCUGCCAUUGAGACGGUGGAAACAGAUGUUUCUGUCUUGGAGACCCAGCUGGAAAAGCUGCUGAAGCUCUGCACCACCAUGCUGGAAUCGGGGCGCCAGUAUUGCACUCACAGCAAGAACUUUGUGUCCGGGAUCCAGGAACUCUCCCAGAAUUCUCCGGGGGACAACAUGAUGGCUGAGUGCCUAGAAAAAUUUUCCACGAGCUUGAACAAAAUGAUUGACGGCCAAGAGGAAUUUCUGGAUGUGACGCAACAGUCCCUGAAGCAUCAGCUGCAGACUCUGGUGAAAGAAGACAUGAAGCAUUUCAAGGAGUCCCGGAAGGAAUUUGAGCGGGGCAGCGAAAGCCUGGCCAGCGCCUUGCACCACAACGCCGAGGUGCCCCGCCGGCGUCACCACGAGGCCGAGGAGGCGAUGGUGGCCCUGAAGGUGGCGCGCACCACGUUCCGGGCCCGGGCCCUUGACUACGUGCUCCAGAUCAACGUGAUCCAGUCGAAGAAGAAGUUUGAGAUACUGAAGUUCAUGUUGGCAUUCAUGGAGGCCCAGUCCUCCUUCCUUGAGCAGGGGUUCCAAGUGGCCAAACAGCUGGAGCAGUAUCGCAAGGACCUGGCGGUUCAGCUCCAUCAGUUGGUGCUGGAGUCGGCCCGAGAAAAACGGGAAAUGGAACAGCGGCACACGGCGAUCAAGCAGAAGGACCUGUCGCAAGAGGACGUGGUUCCCGAAAUCCGGGCGGAGCCAGGCGGGGUGGUGAUGGAAGGAUACCUGUUCAAGCGUGCCAGCAACGCCUUCAAGACGUGGAGCAGACGCUGGUUUUCUAUCCAGAGCAACCAACUGGUGUACCAGAAAAAGGCUAAGGAUGCCGUAACGGUGGUAGUAGAAGACCUCAGGCUCUGCACGGUGAAGCCCUGCCCCGAUCACGAACGCCGCUUCUGCUUUGAGGUGGUGUCACCCUCCAAGAGCUGCUUCCUCCAAGCGGAUUCAGAGCGGCACCAACAAGCCUGGGUCUGCGCAGUUCAAAACAGCAUUGCCUCAGCUUACAACGAGGAACACCCGGCGUUCCUGGGGCAGCCCCUGGAACGGACGGCGUCCCUCUCGGCAGCCAAGCUGCAGUCCCCAACCAGUCGGAAACUCCGGGGCGGAGUAGACAAGCACGUGGUGGACCAGGUGCAGCGGAUGGAGGGCAACGCUCAGUGCUGUGACUGCCGGGAGCCGGCCCCCGAAUGGGCCAGCAUCAACUUGGGCAUCACGCUCUGCAUUGAGUGUUCCGGCAUCCACAGGAGUCUUGGCGUCCAUUUCUCCAAGGUGCGGUCGCUGACCCUCGACUCAUGGGAACCAGAGCUUGUUAAGCUGAUGUGCGAGCUGGGAAAUCGUGUCAUCAACCAGAUAUACGAGGCUCGGGUGGAGGAGAUGAACAUGAAACGGCCCCAGCCAGGCUGUUCGCGUUCAGAGAAGGAGGGUUGGAUCCGGGCCAAGUAUGUGGAGAAGAAGUUCAUCACCAAGUUUCCCAAGACUGGGGUGCGCCUGAAUCGGGGCGGGGAUGUCCGGGGGCCUGAGAAGCCCCCCAAACCGGUCCUCAAACCCAAGCCUCCACACCAGACCCGAGGGACUGCAGGCAGCAGUAGCCCCAGCCGUCCAAGCACCAUCUCAGGGCUGCGGGAAGGGGUGUCUCCAGGUGCUGCCUCCGCUUCUGAGGAUCUGCAAAACCUGCACCCGGGGGCCCUGCUGUACCGUGCAGCAGCCGCACCCCCAAGCUUGCCCACGAUGGCGGACGCCCUGGCCCACGGCGCAGACGUCAACUGGGUGAACACAGCCCACGAAAGCCGUACCCCCUUGCUACAGGCGGUUGCCGCAAAUUCUCUCUUGGCCUGUGAAUUCUUGCUGCAAAACGGAGCCAGCGUCAACCAGCCUGACAGCAGAGGCAGGGGUCCGCUACACCACGCUACCAUCCUGGGACACACCGGCCUGGCUUGCCUGUUCCUCAAGCGCGGUGCCAAAAUGAACGCGGCCGACGGAGACGGGAAGGAUCCUCUCAGCAUCGCCAUAGAUGCAGCCAAUGCAGAUAUCGUGACCUUAUUGCGGUUGGCUAAGAUGCGUGAAGCUGAGCUUGCCAUGGGCCAAUCAGGAGACGAAACCUACCUUGACAUCUUCCAUGACUUUUCCCUCAUGGCGUCCAACGACCCGGAGAAGCUGACGCGGCGAAGUGGCGACCUGAAACUGACGACGUUGUGAAUCCUGGGGAAUCCCGCUCUUCCCCGCUGCCCUCCCAAAAAGAUGAUAAUAUGGGGCGGGGCGGGGAGGAGGAGAGGCACCCCUUGGGCGUGUCGGCCUUCAAAAACUCUGGGGACAGCAGCAAGCCCCAGUCGACUCCUGGAGACAGACGGGGGCGGAAGCCAAGACAGACGGGGUGGCCGAGAAUGGCCACCCUAAAUCUACGUCUCGCUCUCCUCUUUCUACCCUGGCUGGUUUGGACCCCUUGCAGGAAAUGCAUCACAGGGUUUUGUUGAGGGACCCGGCAAGGAUGAAGAAUUCCGCUCUCCCGCUGCAGCACUCGGAGCUUGUUUUGUGCCGCCGCCAGUAUUAUUUUUUAAUUUAUUGCUCUUGGACAGGAGAGUGUCCUGUCUGCGCCACGCUUGUCGCCACGGGACGGAUGAGAAGCGGAUUGUGCCUUUGCCUCUCCUGUGAUCCAGCCAUCACUUCCCACCCUGUGCCUCGAAGAGGCGAUCCCGCUUCCCAGGGAAGCGGUUGUGGGGGUGGGGGAACGUUAGCGGGGAAAGCUGUAGGUUAUAUGUCGGGAGAGGACACGGAAUAAACACAGCGACCCAGAGAGAGA